AUGAUGGGUCCCCCCCGUGCCACCGUGUUUGUGGUCGUCGUCUUCUUCAUCCUCGGCUGCUAUGCUCUCUCCCCAGAGGAAGCCGCAAGCGAAACAUGCUACCCGCGGUACUCGUACGAGUACUUAUGGGUGGACGCCUCAAACUCCACCACCACCGAGGACCCGACGCUUGGAGGUAGUGUUACGAAACAAAGCUUGCCAGACAAGAAAAUCUCAAAGAUCAAAGAUUCAGACAAGGGGACUGCUUGGCUCACCAAAAUGAAGGCGCCAGCUCCGCUGUUCGUCGUCAACGACACCAAGGCCACAGCUUUCCGAGCCGAAAAGGAGGGCUGGAGAAUAAUGGGGGCCGAGUUUCAGUGGUGGUGGAUGUACUAUGUCGAGGAUGACUGGUCAUUGCAGAUGGAGCAUGAUGGCCUGGUCGCUGGCAAUUACUCUUCUGUCGACCCCCUCGAAAACAUCAGAUAUGACAUAGAUCAGUACAGCGCGAUCGCAUUCCCCUGCAACUCGACGCUCAGCAACACCCUGCAGGACGAAAACACGAACAUCAGCUCCUAUGGCUCAGAGUUCAUCCGAAAGUUCAGAGCGAAGAUGGAUGACUUGUAUCUGUCGGACAACAUCUGGAGUGACCUUGUCACGCAAUACUUGAGAGACGAACUCCAGGACGCGAGCAGGUCCGCAAACCAAACCGCCAAUUCCACCCACUGGAAGGUGACUGCGUCAUACAUGGGCGUGGGUUGGAACGUCAGAUGUUGGGGCGACAUCAAUGCCGCUCUCAACAUGGCCACCGAGUGGGACAAGGCUGCAUCAUCCGCUGCCACCACUUUGAUGGCUCUGAUACCCGUUCUGCUUACUUUUGGUAAUCUCAUCCUCCCCCGGGACUCUGAGGCCUUCUGCUCCAGCUUCCUUGUUGGCAUCAUGUCUGCAGCAUUUAGUCUCGGGCUUCCGGGAAUGAGCAUAUCCGCCAUUACGCGAAAACUACACCGAAUAGACGUCGGCUCAUUCGAAUAUUACCGCCAAAGCAUCAUCAGCAAGCUCGGGAGGCGACAGAGGGCGGACGGUCGUGCAAGGCCAAAGGCUUUCUACAAGGUGACCUUCUCCAGUUUGCGGAGCUGGUUGACGGCUCCGCCAGACGAUGGAACACUGCCGUGCAAACAGUACGUCCAGGGGCUGAGUAACGCCCCCAUUGGAGCGGACCAAGUGGCUUGCUCAAACACAUUUUGGCAUAUGCGCCAAGAAGUCGACAAAUGGAGGAGCCGGCCGCACUACUGGCACAUCCUUGGUCUAAUUGUCUUCGUCCUGCAAUCGGGUAUUUUCGUUGCCGGUAUCGGGCCUCUCUUCCUCAAUAUGGGCACUCCGCUUUUCAUGUUCAGCUGCGAUCAAGAUCUCUCAUCGCUAUGGAUGCUCGUAACCGCAGCUACUAACGCUGUAUUCCGGUUUGUCAUGUGGGAGUUCAGUUCCCAUGAGCGUGUGAGAGUGUAUGCGCUCUCGGAGAAAACCAAAGAAUCCCUGGACAGAAUGAUACAGAUAUCGGAACACGGUCCAGAUGAGGGAGUGGAUGGAGUCCUGAAGAGCACAGAAACCGAGCUUCCGCCACGAUAUCAUCCUUUGAUCGGUCGCGGUCUCCGUGCCUACUAUCGCACCUUAUCUUCAUCGGCCUCAAGCGUCAGAAAGCAGUAUCGCCGAGUGAGCAGGCAAAGUGGUCUCGAGCCGGAUGGACCCGCUAGUCUCUACUGCCAUAACGAAGACAUUGACACCAUUUUUCAGUCGGUCAAAAGUCAAUGUCUGUUCUUCUGGUACCACUGGGUGCGAUUUCCAUUCACGCGACCUCUAGAAUUCAUCCGGAUUGGCUUUCGGACCAGUAGCGGCGCAACGGACAGCGCUCGCCGAUGGCGGCCCGUAACUGUACUCAUGCAUCUCUCCAGCAGUGGCCGUAAUCCCUUUGCGAAGCUCCUGACUGGACUGAUGGAAGGAUCCAUCCUGCUCCUACUUACAAUCUUCUUCUCGGCACAGUGGGGAGGAAACAUCUUUGUCGUCUCCUAUACAAUUGCCUUACUUCUAAUCUUUGUGACCGCAGGUCGCCUUCUCAGCCUUUUCUACAUCUGGCAGAGCGCUAAAACACUUGGCUUACACGUCAUCGAAUGUCAGAGUGACGCGCAGAUCAGCGGUUCUCUACGUAUAAUUUGCAGCAUGACUGGAGUUCUGGUGGUCGUGAACGGUGCAUACUACUAUGAUGGCCACCGCUUGGACGAAAGACAAGGAUGGAAUACCUGGCGCGCAAAAUACGACCGUGGAGACUACGAUGAGGACCGCAACAAUGCACGCACCAGAAGUCAAAGCGCGCCGGCCAAUCAUGGGAGCUUUUCGAGACAUGGCGGAUUCAGAGAAGCUUUGAAGAUUCGCAGAAAGCCAGUUGGUGUCAGGCAAGGUCUUCCACGGCAUCGUUCGGAUGGGAGUCAGGCGGAAAUUUUACUACAGGACAUACCCUACCACUCUCGAUCACCGAGCGACCACAGCCUUGCCUCGAGCAUGCCACGCGCUCCUGAGGCUACUGCAGGUCAUCCCUAA